AUGACCAUCUCAAUCAUCUCCUUGUUCACAGUUCUCUUCGCCUUUUCACCAGCCGAAUCUGCAGAAACAUUGCUCUUUGCCCAAGUGGUACGUUCACUCCCUCUCUGUUCCCUUCCCAAAUUCUCACUCAGCUCUUCCGUCAUGGAGCCCGUGCGCCUUCUGCUCAUCUCACCAAUCAGUCCUACAUUGAAUACUUUCCGAGAGGACUCGGAGAACUCACUGAUGUCAGUUGCCAAGUAUCAGAGUACUUGAAGAAAUUACGUUUCGCUUUUCAGAGAGGAUUUGACAAUUCAUACCUUCUCGGAAAGUUUCUAAAGAAGCGAUACGUAGACACUGGCUUUUUGGACAGUAAUUUGAAACCGAGCGAGAUGUACUGGAGAUCCGUGAACAAGAAUAGGUGCCUGAGCACCGCAUCAGCUGUCGGAGCGUCAAUGUUUGAGGAGAAAGACAAGCACUAUCACGUGGCAGUGGCGACAGAAGAGAUCGGAGAAAAUGUAAGUGAUCAGAAUAUGAAUUGAGGAAUAUCUAACACUUUACCAUUUUAGCUGUUGAACUAUGACCAGAAUAACUGCGAGCGUGAGCUGGAACUCAUUGCGGAUCAGUGUCCCGAUUUCAAAGGCAACUUCCAUCCCGUGGGUGAUUCCUCCAUUGACUCCCAUCGAAACAACUCUUUUCAGUGGCCCGAAUACGAAGAAUUUGUUGCUAAAUGUCUGAAUUACACUCAUCCAGUUUUCAAGAAUUUCCCCUUCCGCACAAUCGAAGCACAUGUUAACGAGGUAAUUUUUGGCUUGUUCUAAUUUUCUCAACUGACUGUUUCAGUACAAAAACGGACUGCCACUGCCCAGUCUGCUGGCAGAAAACUACGACGAUAUCAUGAGUUUGUACGUGAGAGUGACACAAUGGAUCACCGGAACUGGCCAUCAUCACGAUCCGAGAAUGAUGAAAGUGAAGUUCGGAUAUCUGACGAGUGUUUUGCAACAAAAUAUUGAAAACAACUGGAAGUAUAAUGUUGCCAAGAGAACUAAUACUACAAAUGAUUUGCAGCGGCCGGAGAAGUUUACCGUUUACUCGACAGUCAGUUCCCGAGUGACUCAAUCUCCGAUAAUAUCCUAUUUGCAGCAAGAUUGGAUUCUGAUGGGAGUGCUCGAUUCGUUCGGAGUACUCGAGGAAUCUGUCGGCUUGAGCGUCUACCCCGAGUACAACUCAAUGAUUAUCAUGGAGUUGUGGGAUAGAGACGAUCAGCCAUUCGUCAAAAUGUACUACAAGGCCGACGAGCAGACGGAAGAGGAUCACAAGCUGAUAGACUUGAGCAACCUCGUCAGAGAAUGUCCCAAGAAUCAGGAUGCGUGUCCGCUCGAAGUAAGCACGAAGGUAUCAGCUGGACUAAUUUGUUUCUCUUCAGUCUUUCCGACGUUGUUGCGAUGAUUACGUCGUUGAUAAUCCGGGAGCGGCAUGUAAAUCUGCCCGUUCAGCCAACUCAAUAAGCCAAAAACGGAGGAGACGACGAUUUGCAGGACCUGAAUAAUCUGAGAAAGAAGACUUAUUGAAUUGCUGUAAAUACAUAUUAAUAUAGAACACAUGAACCGAAACGAUUUUCAUGACACAGUUAAUGAACGCUUCAAAUGUGUUGAAAAAUAAAAUAUAUUUUAAUUUGUCCGUAAUAGCUAGAGAGAGCUUCUAUGAAAAAUGUAUUAAUCCUCCCACCGGCGUCGUCACCUAACAACCGAAUUCAACGUUUUUCUGCCUUUCGCGACACUCCCAUCUGAACAAACUAUACGACGAAGAGACCAGCUAUUCGUCGAGAUUGCAGUGCCGUCCGCCAUCAUGUCUCUUCAGAACAAGUCUGGUCAUCUCGUCCAUCUGCGCAUCCACUCCCUCCCUUCUCGAACGAUCGUCCUUCUAUUUCUUUCCUGUUUUAUAUCUCGACAAUAUUGUUUUAUGCGUUGUCCGCUUUUGAAAUUUCCGUCUGCCACGUGGAUUUUAUUGGAAAAUGUUAAUCAAAAGCGGGAGCUCCGGGGGUUUCGCGAACACAAAGUCCAACGAUGCCCGAGAAAAUGUGUGCAAACACCGCGGGUCCGCAAAGUUGCGUGCCUAGUUCCAACAAUUUUCUGUUUGUUCGCCGGUUCCUUUUUGCCUUUUCUCGCUUCGAAUCUGUCCAUUUUUCACCUGCAAGUUGUUAUCCUAACCCUUGUGAUUUUCUUCGGCAUCCCCUAACUUUUGUUUAUCUCAUACUGCCCAAUUGCCCUUCGAUGACGUCACUCCUUGAAUGUACACGUGUCCAUCUUUGCAGAAACGACAAGGGGCCUGAACCAAAGCGAAAUGUGGGGGUGUCCACUGAUAUUGUUGUCCUUUUGUUGGCUGGCGACAGGUUUGUUAUGGGAAUUCAGCAGACUCUUUGUAAACAUCAUUGCAGCCCAACAGCAACAAAACUCUGUGAACGAACAGGAAAAGAAGCUAGUGAGCUUCGAUGCCUGCAAAGCUGACAUCCACAAAUAUUGUAGCAAAGUGAGUAUCUCAUAGUCUGACCAAUCAUCUAUGUUAUAAAUUUCCAGCCAGAUGUGGACCUUUCGAGCGAUAUGUCUAUUCUGGAGUGUUUGCAAGAUGCCGGCUUCUCGGAGACUGCCACUCUUUCUGAGCAGUGCGAGGCUCUUGUCUGGGAUUUCAAAGUAGUUUCGAAGUCAAAUAAGCCUCGUUAUCUUAUGAAUAUCAGGUGAAAAUUACCCAAGAUGAACGUUUUGUCACGGCCGCCAAGCAGUACUGCGAGGAAGAACUGAAGAACAUCGCUCCCAUGCAGACGUGCACAGGAAUGACUCAGCCAGGAUACGCCCUCAGUUGUAUGAUCGAAUUCGUUCAAAAUGUGACCCAAACGAGCAAAUGCCACGCUUUCCUUUGUGAGUCCGAACUCUCAAUAUCUGCCACUGAGCCUCUAUGUUUUAGCGAGAACCGAAAGAUUGGCCUUCUCUGAUUUCCGGCUAGUCGGUCCAUUCGUCGACAAGUGUCGUAGUGUUCUCAAUCAGUUCAAUUGUACCGCCCUGACUCCAAAUGCUGCGCACAAAGGAGUUCGUGUCGCUCAUACGCAAGGAAUGGCUCUCGAAUGUAUUCUGGAUCGAGUUGUCAAGAAUGCGAAGACUCAGGCCGACGCUUUGGCCAUACUCGGUGAUGAAUGCAAGCACGAGGUUUGAGACUUGCUGAAAUGCAGGCUGAUGACUUCCAUCUCGAUCGACCGCUUUUCUUCGCGUGUCGCCAAGACAGAGAGGUAUUCAACUACGAUUAUUGUUAUCUCCAAUCUGUCGUUUUCAGAAGUACUGUAAAGAUGUUCCAUCUGGGCAAGGAAAAGUAUUCGAAUGUUUAAUGCUGCAUAGAAACGACCAAUUCAUGGACCCACAGGUACAAACUAACUCAUAUUUGCACAACUGUUAUUAUGAUAAUUUCAGUGCGGAAAUUUGCUCUCCGAGCGAGCAUACUUGAUGGGAAGAGACUACAGAAUAGCUCAUCCAUUGACGAAAGCCUGCCAGCCCGAACUGACACGGUACAAGUGUGAACCGCAGAACCAAAUCGAGGCUGCUGCUCAUUUCCAUCUCGCCUGGAUCCUUCUUUGUCUUGAGAACGGAGCCAAUCAGCCAGAUCACAAGGAAGCUCAGCCGUCGAAAGAGUGUGCUCAUGAAAUGAUCACUCACAGACAAAUGAUGAUGCAGCACUUCCAAAUGGCACCAGAGCUCGUUCUGAACUGUGCUCAGGAGAUUGACAAAUGGUGCAGUCCCAGAGGAGAUAUCGAGGCCGAAGGAAGAACUCUCCACUGUCUUAUGGAGCACGCAGAGCAGAGAAACGAGUCUCUCAGAGUGGGUGCCCAAUGUCUGCAGGCCGUCCAACAAGUCGUGAAAGUUGCUGACAUCGGCAGAAACUACAAAGUCGACACUGUUCUCUACGGGUCCUGCAGAGCUCUUAUCGACGGACCAUGCGCUCAAGACGCCGUUUCUGAAACCGCCACGUUGACAUGCCUCAUGCGAAAUGUUGACAGCCCGGACAUGAACGCGGAGUGUGAGAAAAGACUUCUAGAAGUGCAAUACUUCAUGGCCAGAGACUGGACCCUCGACCCUCAACUCUAUGACGCCUGCCACCAGGAAGCUGUUUCCAGAUGCUCUGCUUUGGACAACUGGCAUCAACAACACAACACUGACAACACUGUCGAUCGGGGACCGCAAGUGCUUGCCUGUCUGUACAGAAGUGCCUACGACGAGCAGAAUCCGUUGUCCCAAAAGUGUGGUCAACAAGUCCGCCAACUUCUCCAUCUUCGUGCCGUCCGUGUCAACUUGGUUCCCGAGAUCGAAGAUUCGUGCAGAGAUGCUCUUUCCGAAUUCUGCUCGCAUAAUGUGAAGCCGUCGGAGGAAAUGAUGUGUCUUCAACAGAACUUCGAAACGGAUAAUUUCAAGAAGAAGUACCCGCAGUGCUUCGCCGAGAUAACUCGAUUCACCGAAAUGGAAGCGAAAGACACGAAGUUGAACCGCGCUCUGAGCAAGGCUUGCAAGCCGGUAAUCAGCACUCAUUGUGUACAGUUCGCAAACGAAGAUAUCGACCAUGGAGACGUACUUGAAUGUCUCGUGAACAACAAGGACGCAAAGGAAAUGACAACCAAGUGCCGUUCCUAUGUAAACCACUUCGAGCUCAUUUCUCUCCGUGAUUACCACUUUAGCUACAAGUUCCAAAAGGCUUGUGCUCGUGAUAUUGAGGAGAACUGCCGAGCCCAUAACAACGACAAGUAAGUACAGAACAAUCAAUCAAACAGACAAUAUUUUGGUUUGUAGGGGAGAAAUCAUUCGCUGCCUGUCGGAAGUGCGAUUCGAGCAUAAGGUACUGGGAGUGCAAAAGGAUCUGACGGACGACUGCAAAAAGCAACUCAAAGUUGCGUAUCUCCAGCAAGAACAGGUAGAAGUAAGUUUUGUUCGGUGUUGUUCCGUCCUGUGCUUUCGUGCAUGAGAAGUGAAUUCUGAAUCCGCAAGAUCGAGGGAUCAGAAUCAGUUCGACUAGUUCACCUGCAUCUUGUCCCUAGUUAUGUCUUGUCUUCUGUUCUUUUCUGUGUUUUUCUGCUCGGCCGUGAUUAUCGGAUGGUGUAGUUGCAUGCUGAUAUCUGUUCUCUAUCGACUCCUAAACUAACCACCUUGUUUCAGUUCGACGACAAGGAACAUAUGGCUGAUGCCGAUCCGAAGCUCUCGCAGAAGUGCGACCGCGAGAUCAAGCACUUUAACUGCAACAAGGCGGAGACCUUCGAAGAUACGAUUGAAUGUCUUCGAUUGAACUUCGAGCAGCUCGGACCAGAGUGCAAGUCAAUGAUCUUCUACCGUGAAAAGAUCGAAGCUGUUGACAAUUCGAUGGACGACGAACUUCAGAAGAAGUGCAGAUAUGAUAUUGGAAAAUUCUGUGCGAAUAGUGACUCGGAGAAUGUUCUGGAGUGCCUAACGAAUACGAAGAUUGUCCGUCUUCUUCAACGCGAGUGUAAGGCUAUUGUGAAGGAGAGAAUGCAGGAGUCCGCGAGAGAUGUCCGUCUCAGACCACAACUGCUCACUUCGUGCAGAAAGGAGGCUGAACAAUAGUAAGUCUCUAUAUUUUGCUUCCAGAAUAUAUUUUUCAGUUGUCCGGAAGAUAUCAAGAAGCUGAACAUGCCACAGUAUUCUCAAACCGUACUGGAUGGCGUCGUCGUCUCGUGUCUCCGUGACAAGUUCCGCCAAUCAAUUUCUGAUCAAAAUCACAUUGAAUUCUCUCCUCGUUGUUCUGCAGAAGUCUCUCGAGCUAUUGUCGAAGCUGAGUUCGAUCCACAGCUCGAUCCGCCACUUUACCAUGCCUGCAAGAACACGAUCAGCACACACUGCUCUGACACAAUCCUCGAAUCCGGUGGCCACUUUGACAACGUGAUGGAGUGCUUGAAGGCCGAUUUCAACAAGGGACUCAUCAGAGAUAAGCCGUGCUCCGAGCAGGUCGCCCGUCGUCUUCAGGAGUCUCUCGUCGACAUUCAUCUCGACCCUGUUCUUCAUGAAGCCUGCGCUAAUGAUAUCCAAAGAUAUUGUAGAGAUGUCCCACCAGGACAUAGCAGAAGUAAGAUAUUUCAGUUUAAAAUUAACGCAAUCGAUUAAUUUUCAGUUGUCAUGUGUCUGAUGGACACGGCUGACAAGCAGGAGCUCACGAAGGAGUGCAGUACGAAACUCAGCGAUCGUAACAAGCUGUGGAUGAAGGCUCAUUCCGAAUAUCAGAUGGCCCUCCCAGAUUCCUGGCAUGCUUUUGCCACUUUAGUGAUGGAGCAUCCAGAACGAAACUCCAUCCUCGGAUACAUUGCUGGAUUUGUCGUUCUCAUUCUUCUGCUUGGAUGCUGUUGCGGAAGAGUGAGCAAGAAACAGUACAUUGAAAUGAAGAACCGAUAA